AUGAAACCUUUUUAAACACCAAAUUCAUGUCAUUCAAGAAAGGGUAGUGCUAAAGUUAAUAGAUAACCAUUUGCAAUUAUUAGUAAUUGUCCAGAAUUUUAAUAAUGUGCCAAUUAUUUAUAAAGUAAAGUACAAGGAUUAGAAAUGAGAGUGAAAAAUCUUAAUAGUCAUCAUGCAAGUGAUAACAGAUCAACUACAGCUUCUAAAACUACAUCAAAUCUAUCUCCUUUUAAUACUCAUAAAUAAUAUAAUAAAUAUGGAUCUAAUAAAUAAAUUGACACUCAAAGUUAUUAUGAAACAAUUAUCAAUAAAAGAUUAGAAAAUAUUAGUAAAAUUGAAUAAUCACCAAUCAAAACAGAAUAAUCUAUUAAUUAAGAUAAAUAUUCUGUUCAUAGUGUUGUUAAUCAUUAAACAAGAUUAAAUUAUAAUUGUAUUUAGAAAAUAUAAACAUUAACUAAAAGAUUGAGAUAAUUUAAAUUAGUUAAAGAUCAAAAUUAAGAUGAAUGUGCUCCAUCUUUAGCAAAAAUUAAAUGUUUUUGUUAAGAAUUCUCAAAUGAAUGUUUCGAUUUCUAUAGAUGUACAGAUUUAAUUACACUAAAAUAUUUUAUUUAUUUACUUUUAUAAGAAUUAAAUAAUAAUUCAGAUACAUUUAGAGCUAAUGAUAAUUAACAUUAUGAAUAAUAAAUUGAAUAUUUGAAAUCCUAAUUGGAUAAUUAAAAUAUUGAUUAAAUGACUUUUAAAGGUUAAAUUUAGUUAUAAAAAAUGGUAUAUAACACAUAAAAUCUAGUAUAAGAAAUAAUCAAACAAUUACAAUCUUAAAAUAAUUAAAAUGUAUUAACAAAUUAAGUUGAUUUGUUGAAUAAGUAAAUAAAAACAUUAAAAGAUAAUAUGAAUUAAUAACAAUUUUUAAAAAGUUCUUUUGGUGUUAAUUUAUCUAAUUAUGAAACAAAUGAAAAUAAUAGUUCAAUUAUUAAUUAAUCUAAUUAUAAGACAAAUGAAGAUAGAUUCAUGACUUAAAUGAGUUCUAAAUCAAAGUCUCCUUAUUGUAGAAAUAUUAGAAAAACCUAGAUAGAUUAUGAUUCAUAAAAUAAUCUGAGAUUAUUGGAAGAAUAAACAAUUAUUAAUAAGUAAUUAAUGGAGAAAAUAUUAGAAUUAUAAUCUUCAGAUUAAUAAAACUAUGCAAUAUAAGAAUUUUAAGAUUAAUUAAAUGAAAAAAAUAAAUAAAUUAAUGAACUUUAAAAGAAUUUAAAGAAUUAAGAAUAUUAUUCUGAAUUGAAUUAAAGAAUUUUAGAAAUAAGUAAAAAUUUAGACAAUGUAAUUUAAUAAAAUUCCUUAUUACUUUAAGAAAAUGAAACACUAAAAAGUAAAAUUGAUUAAAUGAAAUAAAUAGAAUAAAAAUACUUUGAUUUGCUUUAAGAUAAUAAUAAGUAAUGUUAAUAACUAAAUUCUAUUAUAAAUGAUAAUUGUUAGUCUAAGAAAAUUUAAUAAUAAUAUGAAGCAGAAUGUAAAGGAUAUUAAUAAUAAAUUUUAAAAUUAUAGGAAAAGUGUGAAGUAUUAUAAGCUUCUUUAUAAGAUUAAAAUGAUUCCAAAUUUUUAUAAUAAUAAAUUAAUGAAUUAUUAUAAUAAUAAUAAGAAUAAAAUAAAAUUAUUGUAAUUAUAAUUUAUAAUAAAUUAGAGUUUAAUCACAGAUGAAGCAUUGUAUUUAGGAUAAAUGACCUUAUAUACUAAUGAUUUAUUAUAGAAAUAAUAGGGUGAUAUACCUAUUUCAAUAAAAAUAUUAUAAAAAGACUUAAAUAAUAAAAAAGCAACAAUCCAAUAGAAGAUGAAAAUUUUAUAGUAAUUUGGAAAUAAUAUGAAAAUAAAAUAAUGUAUUUCACAUAAUAGUUCAAUAAAAACAAAUUCUGAUAUAGAUUUAUUAGAAAAUUUGGAAAAUGAUGUAAUACCAAUUAGAUUUCAAUAAUAAUCCAAUUAACAUAAUGAUUUGAUGGCAUUGUUAGUAGUACAAUGUCAUGCAAUAGAAAAAAUGAUUGAUUUUUGA